AUGCUGAUGGAACGAGGACAACAACAGGAUUGCCCCUCCAGACCAUCCACAUCACAGGUGGAAGUGCUAUCGACUUGUUCCUCAUCUAGAGACAGCGGAAUCCAGGCCGAUCCCUCGAUCCAGCAUUUCGAGCCACAGCUCUCCACCCCAUCCUCUCCAUCUCGUCAAUCUUCCCCCUGGCCAAUCGAAUCGGAGACAUUCAGUGAGCGGGAACCCCUCAUUGUUGUCGUCACCUCACCGUCUUCGAUUCCAAUUCACGGAAAAGAUUUCCUCACUCAAAUCUCCCCUUCAAAACAAAUCGAUUGCUCGACUCGACUCGACGGGAGUCGAUUCUCUCUGGCCUCCUAUCACUCAGCCGCCACAUCAAGCAGCUCUCAUUCUCUCUGCCGAAUAUGUCACCUCAACAAAAACACUCGAAAAGAUCCGCUGAUUUCCCCGUGUCGUUGCUCGGGCUCAAUGCUUUACCUACACAAAUCUUGCCUUGUGCACUGGCUAGAGCUAUCAACUCGUAAAAUGGUUCCAUCGCCUCGGUGUGAGCUCUGCGGAUAUUUCUAUCGAAGGGGCAACUUUUUUAGCAUCCGACGGCUACACGGUCCCCAUAUUGACACUCGAGAUCGAAUCCUCAACUGUCUUUUCCUCUUCGUUUUACUGAUCAUGAUCGUUUGUGCGGGAAUGGCGCUACAUUUUCUCCAUCAACAACACUACACAACGACGAUCAGGGGCUACCGUAUCGUCUCUUCUCGUCUUUCUCAAGACGAUUUCAUCGUUAUCGUCUCUUCAAUCCUUUUCUUCGUUGCCUUUUUCGUCGCUAUUUUCACUCAGUAUCGAGCGGAGGCAUCGAUUUUUCGGAUCUGCUUUCGACUUUGGGUGAUCAACCGCAAUUGGACGAUUCGAAAUUAUCGUUUCGAGGAGGAUGAGGAAAUGUUAAGGGAAAGGGGACAAAGGCAGACGAUUGUCACCAUUCAACAGCCGAUAUUAGCACAGGGAAAUGGGAAAAUCGACAGGAAA